AUGUCUGGAAUUUUUCUCGUUCUGCUUUCAUUUUCUCUUGGAUGUCUAGCAGAAACCGGCGAAAGCGAAGGAUCGUUCCAUCCUAUAACAGAGUUUGUUACCGGUACGGAUGUGAUCCCUAGUCUAACGCCAGCCUACGAGAUGCCACCGCUAGCGAAACCAUUGCUUCCGACUCCACCCACUGACGACGUAACGAGUACUGGUCUAAAUGCUUCACAAACUCAGUUACCGCAGCUUGGCGCAGUGGGCGACGGUGUUUAUUGGGUACAGUACUCGGAAGUUCGAGGUUCGUCUAUGAUGAGCUUGCGGAAAAGACGUUAA